AUGUCAAGUAAAGAAGCAGCAGCCUCAGCCUAUGAGCAUGGGCAAGAGCAUAAACAAGAGCUUAAGCAAGAUGCUUUGACUACUGCAAGAGUGUCACAGGACAUUCCCUCCAAAGAUGAAGAAUUGGCCGGUCUUACAGAAGAAGAAAAGUACUACGGAGACUCUAGCACUUCACUGGAGUUUGACAUGGUUGAUUUAGAAGCCAACGAUGAAAUUUUGCAUGCUAAGAUGAAGCUCAUCAAUGACGCCAUUGAUGAGAUUGGAUUCACUCCGUACCACUUGAAAUUGUUUUUCUUGAAUGGUAUGGGAUACUGGACUGAUAAUCAGUUGAAUUUCUUGGAAAGUACCGUACGUCAAUUCAUCAACUACCAAUUUGGAUACAAGUUCCCCGUCACUGGUGAAACGUAUGCCGGUGGUAUGAUUUUGGGAGCGUUGGUUUGGGGAUUUGGUGCCGAUUUAAUUGGUAGGAAAUUGGCAUUCAACUUGUCGCUUUUAUUGAGUGCCAUUUUCGCAAUUAUGGCUGGGAUGAUGGGCAAUAUGGCCAGUUAUGCCCUUUUUGUCUUGUUGUCUGCAUUUGCCGCUGGUGGAAACUUGGUGUUGGAUACUUGUGUGUUUCUUGAGUUUUUACCUCACAAGGAUCAAUGGUUGUUGACUUUUUUCGCCUUGUUUUGGGGGAUUGGACAAACUAUUGCCACGGCUUUGGGGUACGCCUUUUUGCCAAAUAAUACUUGUGACUCGGCUGAUUAUUGUCCCUCGCAUAUAAAUAGGGGAUGGAGGUAUGUUUGGUACACCAAUGGAUCUAUUGUUUUGGCAAUGGCUGUUUUGCGUGUGACUGUUAUUAGAUUGAAGGAAACACCCAAAUUUCUUGUGGCUAAUAACCGUGACGCUGAAGCUGUUGCCGUGUUGCAACACAUUGCCACGAAAUACAACCGUCCUUGUUCAUUGACUUUGGAUCAAUUGUUGGAAUGUGGUGAAAUCAAGAGUAAUUCAGAUUACAGAAACCAUUUCAAUAUAAAGGGAACUUUGCAGCUCAUGUUUAAGCAUUUGAAGAUACUUUUUGCAACUGCAAAGGCAACAAGAUCAACUGUGUUGUUGUUUAUAUCGUGGGCAUUCCUUGGUAUUUCAUAUCCACUUUAUUCUUCCUUUUUACCUACAUAUUUGGCUACUAGAGGGGCCAACAUUUCCGCCCCAACUACAUCAGGUGUCUAUCGUGAUAACCUUAUUGCCAAUGCUUGUUCAAUUUUCGGCCCAAUGAUUGCUGGGUUAAUGUUGAAAUUCAUUCCUAAAUUAGGUAGAAGAGGAGUCAUGUUCAUCGGUGGUAUUGCCACGAUGGCCCUUUUGUUUGGGUACACUCAGGUUAGAACUAGGGCUCAAAAUGUCGGAUUCACAUCAAGUGUGUACGUUGCCUUGUAUAUUUAUUACGGAGUCAUUUUCGCAUACACCCCAGAAGUCAUGCCUAGUGCCGCAAGAGCAACCGGAAACUGUUUAUGUUUGUUUGCCACAAGAAUCUGUACUGCAAUGGUACCGAUUAUUGCUUAUUAUUCAGACACGUCAUCUGCCGUGCCAAUUUGGAUUUGUGGUGCUUUUGUCGGUGUCAUUGGUGUUAUUGCAUUGUUUUUGCCAUUUGAACCAAGUAAACAAAGAGUUGUCUAA